AUGGCCCCUUCAAAGACCGAAUCUUUAAAAGAGCGGGAGGCUCAUGGUGAGGUUAAUACGGUAGAGGAUAUUGAAAGAAUUCCCACCGGUCAAGUCGACAACUAUCAUGGGCUGACAUUAUCCAUUGUCCUUGUUUAUCUGUCUCUUGUUCUUGUUAACUUCGCAGGCAUGAUAACGGUCGUUUCUUCCGGCUUGGUUGGCACGUACAUGGCUGCCGACAUUGGAGAUCCGGGCAAAGCGCAAUGGCUUCCGCAAACCAACACCAUAAUAACUCUCGCUUUCGUCACACCGAUUUCCCAGGUCGCAGAUUACUGGGGCCGCAAAGGGCCACUAGUCAUCGCCUCUGUGGUGACCUGCAUUGGGAGCAUUAUCGUUUCCCGGGCUACUAAUAUGAGCAUGGCCAUUGCAGGAAACGUGCUUGCCAGCACCGCCAAUGCAGUCUCGCCACUGGUCUUUGCCGUUGCCGCAGAAAUUGUGCCUAGACGCUACCGAUCGCUCGCGCAAGGCGGAAUGACUGGGAUGCAGUCGACCGCAGGUAUGGUGGCAUUGUUAGGCGGAACAACUCUAUGCAAGGACUACUUUGAAGGAUGGCGUAUCCUGUGGUAUUUGAUCGCCGGAGUCGGUGGGCUUACCGCAGUGAUCACAUAUUUCUGCUACAACCCUCCUCCAAGAGAGCUACAAAUUGCUCUGAGCCUGAACGAAAAGCUUCGUUGCUUAGACUGGGUCGGCAUCUGCGCGGUCCCAAUCGGUCUGACUCUCGUCGUCGUUGGGUUGACAUGGUCACAAAACCCAUAUAAUUGGAACGAUGCACAUAUUCUCGGCCCUUUCCUCCUCGGCAUGGUCAUACUCGUCUUGAUAGUCUUCUAUGAAGUCAAGGUCAAGAAGGACGGUUUGUUCCAUCAUGGCCUCUUCCGAAAAAGUCGGAAUUUCCCUCUCGCCUUGAUCCAGAUAUUCGUUGAGGGUUCCGUUUUCUUCACAGCCAACACAUUCUUCACGACAGAAAUCGCGAUCCUGUUCACGACAGAUCCGCUGCAGGUUGGUCUGCGCUUUUCCAUGACUUUCGUGGCCGCAUUUACAGCCAGUUUCAUCGUGGGAUGGUAUAUAUCCUGGAGAAAGGCGUUGCGAGGAUCCCUGAUAGCGGGCUUCAUUUGCUUUACUGCUUUUUAUGUCGAUGAAGGAAGUUCAGAAGAGAUGUGGGGCCUGGCCAUCAUCUUAGGGCUGGGUCUCGGUGCUGUGUUGACAUCAUUAGUCACCGCUGCUCAGUUUGGCACCCCUCCUCAGCUCAUCUCACUCAGUGUGGGUGCUUUGCUCUGUGUGAGGACAUUUGGCGCCGCGAUCUCGCUCCCCAUCAACAACGCCAUCUUCAACUCGCAGAUCAAGAAAAACCUUGGGCCUAACAUCGCUGCUGCCGUAUUGCCCCUUGGUCUCUCUGCGGAAGUUUUGGGGCGAUUCAUCGCAGCAUUGAGUGCCAAUGAUCAAGGCGCUCUUGCUCAAAUACCCGGCGUGACCCCUGAAAUUGUCCAGGCUGGUGUGCAAGCCCUUAAAGGCGCAUAUGUCUCGUCUUUCCGUAUUUUGUGGAUCAUGCCGCUUGUGCUGUCUGUUUUGGCUCUCACAUCUUCUUUGUUUCUGGUCAACCCGCGUGAAGAGUUUACCAUGCAUGUCGAUGCUCCAGUUGAGACGAAGAUGACCCGCGCAGAAUACAUUUUCAAAGGCGAGGGGGAAGAAGGAAUCGCUGCGGAUGUCUAUUACCGGAAAAGAGAGUCGACCGAGGCCUUUCCAAUAGCGUUGUACUUCCACGGCGGAAAUUUUACGGUCGGGUCAAAAGAGUUGCUCUCUCGAAGCUACAUACAGAAACUUCUCGACCUGGGCUUCGUUGUCGUGUCAGCAAAUUAUCGGCUUUGCCCCACGAUCUCGGUGUUCGACGGGCCAGUGACGGACGCCUUGGACGCGUACAAAUGGACACAAAGUACGCUGCCGGGCUUGCUGCAAAACGAGGCCGGCAUGUACGUUGAUGGUUCCAAGAUUGUAGUUCUGGGCCAUUCUGCCGGCGGUCUUCUGGCUCUUCUGACGGCCAGCUCUCCCGACCCGCCUCGAGCCAUAUUGGACCUAUUCGGAAUGAAGUAUCUACGAGAUGCAUCAUUCCACACGCCCAGUGCGGCUUUUGCAAAACUCCCGCCUUUCGAAAAGGCAUUCCUCGAUCAGAUACACGAGCAGGUCCCUCCUCCGAGCAGCGGCCCAUCUCCAAUGACGGCGAAGGGCCCCGACUUCUCAAACUUCAGAGUCGCGUGGAUGUUCAACCUCGUCAAGGAAGGCACGCUCUUCUCGACCGUCGUAGCUGAUGGCGAUUAUGAUCGAGUCGACCCUGCAACCCUGUUCGCCAAAAAAGGAAAGGGUUUCCCGCCCACCUAUUUCAUUCAUGGCACCGCAGAUACACUCGUGGACUCAAAACUAUCGCAGCGCGCACACGAUGAGCUGCAGGCCAACAGCGUCGAUACCAAACUAGUUCUUGUCGAGGGAGCGUCCCAUGGGUUUGACGCGAAAGCCCAGCCAGGUGACGAGACAUUCGCGAUUGUGGAGAAGGGGUUUGAAUUCCUCAAGGCGCACCUCUGA